UAAUCUCCUGGAUUAGUGACACCUGAGCCCGUCCUACUUUCCUGAUGUCUUUGUUUCUAUGGUAAUGAACAUUGACAGGAUGAUGCUGUUUCGUAAUAGAGAACAAGACUCGUGUUUGGAAAGGUUCCCGGUGGAAGCUCGAUUUAACCCGUGCAGGAGGAUGCUGCGUGUGGCAGCUGCAGCGUCUGUGGUGGUGUGCGGAGUGUCGCUGUUGACGUGUGCUCUGCUCCUGCACCAAUGCCGGCAACAACACGACCCUGUGCUACCUGCACCUUGUCGAGAGACAGGUAGUGUCAGUCGGUCUGAGUACAUGGACGGUCCGCUGACUCCAUUCUCGGAGUUGAGCCCCGCGGAAGUCAACAGCGUCCUCGCCUUCCUGUCCAGCAACGUCUCCCUGGAACUGCGUGACGUCAGAGGAGCCAGCAUCAAAGACACCUUUGUGCACUUAAUGGAGGCGCGCGUGCCCCCCAAGCAGGACGUGUUGCGGUGGCUGACGGGGGGAGGACCCCCACCCAAGCGCGUCGCCAAGGUGAUUUUGUUCCGGGGGAGCGCCGAUCCCCCUGUCGUGGAGGAACACGAGGUGGGACCACUGCCAGAGCCCACUUACAGCAGACUGGUGUCCAGCAAACUGCGCAGAACUGUGGUGCCCUUUUCCUUGCGCCCCUUCUCCAAGGCCGAAUUCAUGCCCAUCUUUCGCCACCUCACGCCUUUAGUUGCCAGGGAAGUGGGCGACCUCUUGGAGGAGAGUUACGGCGCCAGGCUGGGUCCCGGAUGUAAGCCGCGCUGCCUUCGCCUGUCCUUCACCCCAGUCAGCUCUGCCUUUUUGCCCCCGAAUACGCGCGCCGCCUGGUUCUGGCUGGCUUACGACCUCGAGUUCUACACGCUCCACCCGCUUGACCUACAGAUCCUCGUCGACACCACGGCUUUGGAUGCCGCCAACUGGACCGUCGAGAGAAUCUUUUACGCUGAGCAGUUCUUUGAUAGCUUAAAGGAUUUGGCCGACCGAUACUCUGCCGGUACCAUCAACGUAACGAGGGUUGCCUUCCCUGAAGAGCCGGUGGAGGAGCUGUACAGCUCGUUGCACCUGCGCGGUGAUCCCUUCCCCACCGAUGACAAGCCCCCUCCCCUGCAGGUCAUGCCGCGUGGCCAGCGCUUCAAGGUGGAGGGGAGCCGUGUUCACUACCUGAAGUGGAGCCUGACGCUGCGCGUGUCGCCCUCUGUCGGCUUGCAACUGUAUGACGUCAACUUCGGAGGCGAGCGCGUGGCGUACGAGGUGAGUCUGCAGGAGAUUGCCGUGCUGUAUGCCGGCCGCAGCCCCGCUGCCAGCAUGCUGUACUUUGCCGACUCCGCUGGCCUCUUCGGCACGCGCAUGCGCGGUCUACUUCAGGGUGUGGACUGUCCCGCCUACGCCACCUACCUCGACACCCGAAUGUUUACCUCCAACGACGGGGGACUGGCGCGCUUCCCGCGGGCCUUGUGUAUCUUCGAGCACAACUCACAAUCGCCCUUAAGGCGACACCGGGCCUACGGGCUGUCGGGGGCCUUCUAUGGCGGCCUGGUGGACACCAUGCUGAUCGUGAGAACCUACAUCUCCGUCAUCAACUAUGAUUAUGUCAUCGACUACAUCUUCCGCAGCAGCGGUGCCAUAGAGGUGCGCAUCGGCUCCACUGGCUACCUAGCGACAUCUUUUUACCUGGCGGGCGAGGAGAGGUAUGGCACGCGCGUGCACAAGCACGUGACAGCUGGCAUGCACCAGCACGUUUUUCACAUCAAAGCGGACCUGGACGUGGCCGGCACGCCCAACACUUUCAGCACCUGGGACGUGGGGGUGGAGAACACUACCCACACCUGGAGUCACGACCCCGCUGCCAUCUACGCCCAAACGUACAUCAGCAAGAACGUUCGCCAACGAGAGAGUGAGGGCUGCUACAACUAUAACUUUAAAGUUCCUAAGUAUCUUUUAAUCUCUGGAGGCAAACCCACGGAACUAGGAAAUCGUCGCUCCUACAGAGUCAUACCUCAGGGCAUGUCCCCAGCCAUGCUGCCCCCGCUGGUAGGGUUCGAGUCCUCCGUCCCGUGGGCGCGUUGCCAGGUAGCCGUCACGAGGCAUCAUGAUGACGAGGCUACCUCGUCGUCUAUCUUCGCCAUGUGGGACGCCCGUGAUCCCGUGGUCAACUUCACCCGAUACUUGGCUGACAAUGAGAACAUCGAAAACGAGGACCUGGUGACGUGGGUGACGCUGGGCACCUUCCACAUUCCGCACACCGAGAACCUGCCCAACACGGCGACUGUGGGCACUCACCUGGCCCUCCUCCUCACGCCCUUCAACUACUUCCCUCAGGACCCUUCCAUCGCCUCCAGGGACGCCGUGCGCGUCAGCCCCUUGGAUUCCUCCCGGCCGCUAGCUGGCGCUGUAGUACAGCGCUACAACACGUCAGUAGGUAUGACUUGUCUCCCGGACAUGAGUCUGGCUGACGAGGACUUGAAGGCAAACAGCACGGAGUUGUUUGUUUGACAGAGAUAGGGGGACAAGAUGUGAGUGCAGUAGCAUGUGUGACACUGUAGUGUGUCAGCAAGACCACGUGGUGAUGGACAGCAACAGAUACUUGCACUACGUCCGUGUCAACACACUGUUACACUAUUGACAGAUUGUAGAUAUGUUGGUGUGUUGAAAUACAGAUGUAUGUACAGGUGUUUCUUUUUCAGCAUUCUUUUUAUUUAAAAACUAGCUAGAAAUGUGUCCACAAC